AGCCAUGCAAAGAAAGCCAAACAAGCAGUGGUUUUAUUAAAAGGAAGGAAAAGAGUACACUCCCAAAAUAGUGGGAGUGGGCAGACCAGGAGGAAGUCAACUGCAUCGAAGAACAAAGAGGCUUAGGGUUUUAUUAGAAUGAGGGUGCAAAGUAUUCAAGAUUUAGGAGUGGCGUUAUAGGUGUUCUCAGGCAGGUCCUUGCUGACCACUCCUUCCCAUGGGGAGGAAGGAUUUUUGUCCUUAUUUGGCCCUUGUUGGAACUGUCAUGGCGAUGCAGGGGGUGGAGAUUUUUCUUGGCUGUUAUGUUAAUAAUAUUGUAAUCCAUUAUAAUUAGCUAACAUUGACCUGAGGGGCAAGAUGGUGUCCUGGAUCUGCUCUUGGCCAUCAGAAUCCAGUUCUGGCUAGUCGGGUAGCUGCAACUUUUCCUACGGAUAAACUCCUUUCUCCAUCUCUCCCCGUGGCCCUAUUCUUUCUGCCUAUGAUAAACACAAUGACAUUGUUUUUAAAAAUUACUAGCUAAAGGUCACAAAAGGAAACAGCAUAAAAUUAAACAGGAAAUAUUUGCAGCACUCAGGAACCAAAAAUGUCUGAAAGAAUCAAACUGGAAAAUUCAGUGAUGGUUUCUUUUUAUUUCUAUGGAUCUACUCUUACCCUUCUCCACUCUGCUGUGUGCCCUGGGAGGCUGACCUAUUGGAUUGCAUCAACUGCCCUCAGGCUUCAGAUUAAGUUCAGCCAUUUGGACUGGGCAGGAGAUUGUAGGGGAGGAGAGUCAGGCUGGAAUAUUCAGCCCACCUCCCAUUCUUCCUCCCUGAGGGUUCACUGCCCUCUCCCCUUCAGGCCUGGCACUGCAAAACCCCUGCGGUUUCUCACACCCUGCCCACACUUUGUAAAUAUUAAUCCUAUUCUUUAUUAAAUUGCCCAGCUGGAAUGUAUCAUCAGUUUCCUGCCAGGACCCUGACUGACACACUAGGCUCCAUUAAUCACCCAACAAACAUUGACUGAGCAACUACUAUAUGCCAAGGAGAAGACAUGAUAGACAGCUAAUACCCUCAAGGGGCAGUCUGGGGAGUAGAGACAGUCACAGGAACAGAUGGUUAUAUCACAUCUUGAUAAGUGAUACAGACAGGCAUUGGACAGAAAGGUGGGUGGAGACAUAAAAUGGGAACAUAGGAAGAUGCAGGGAAGGUUUCUGGGUAGAGACGGGGUCAGGCGAACUCAGAGGCAGGGACGUGGAAGGAAGUGGUCAGGAGCUGGGAGAGAAGUUUACAGCUGUGGACAUCAAGGUCCGUCAGGUUGUGGUGAAGGAUUAGAGUGGAGGGCUAGGCUAGCCCAGACCAGAUGGCCUUGCACUGUGGAGAGGGAGCCUCCUUUUCCGUGUGCUUUAUCCCCUCUCCACCAAGGGGAAACUCAUGAAGUCGGUAGCCUCUCACUCUUAGCCCUCAAUCCUGUCCCACUACCAGGGCUUGACGCUCAUACUUUAUUGGCUUAAAACCUGUCUUUUCCAGUGGAAAUCACUCCCAUACAUUUACUUCCUGCCAUUCUAGGUCUUUCAAAAUGGUAACAAGACAACAGAGCAAACUAGUCCUUGGAGAUGGGAAACAGGAGAGGGCUAGAAGUGAAUGUUCUCAAAUGCGUCCUAGAAGUCCUAACAGCGGGAGCCCCGUUUUCUUUAACAGCAAUAGACAACACUGACACUUUUCUUGUCCAGUGGAGAAUGCAUAAUAAUGUUGGGAAAGAGGGCAGAUAGCGUGCUACACUUCAGCACGGUGAGACUUUGGUCCAAAUUGGUCUGGGCAGGUAGGCACUUUGCAAGCUCCAUCCUUCUCACACUAUAUAGGCAAGUCCAGGGGUUCAGGAGGUGUCUGUCGUCCCUCUUUAAAGCACAAACUGCAUGUAGUCUUCUUGCUAGGGAGGGCCAAGCCCAUACCGUCUCACUGGUUCCUCCUUGGAGCAUUCUUGGCAUCAAAGACAGCCAAUCCUCCAGGACUGGGGCUCAGAAGGCUUCGUUAAUCAAAAUCAACGUACACAACCCCACCCAACGGACCUUCUCAUCUGUUAAUCAGACGUGCGCACCGCUGCCUUAUUCAACCUCCCCACAAAUAAGGAAGAGACACGGGAAGAGUUAAAAGAAAGUGGUGGGUAUAGAAUCCUCGGAGAUCUCGCUCUGAACAAUCCACUGGAUCGGUUGCUCGAGCCCUCUGCAAGCUUGGAUGUCGGGACACGGGUUAGCCACUGCGCAGUUAGAGCUCUCGGCCAAGAGGUCCCUGAGGUGGGGCGGAUUUCUGAACCAGGGCCAGCUGCCCAGCCCCUUAAGGCCCCACAUCCCCAGCAGGCCAGCGAGAAAGCCCCUCCUCUCGGGCGGAGACAGCUACAAGAAGUCGACGCCCGCGACUCGCCGUGAGGCCAGUACCUAGAGGCUGCUGUCGCCUCGCCGACUUCCCUGUGGCUGCCGCAACGCGGAGUAUGGGGCGCUGAUGGCCAUGGACGGCUACAGGGGCUUCCUGGGGCUGCUGGUGUCGGCGCUGCUUGUCGGCUUCCUGUCCGUGAUCUUCACCCUCAUCUGGGUCCUCCACUACCGGGAGGGGCUUGGCUGGGACGGGGGAGCAUCCGAGUUUAACUGGCACCCUGUGCUCGUGGUCACCGGCUUCGUCUUCAUCCAGGGCAUCGCCAUCAUUGUAUACAGACUGCCAUGGACCUGGAAAUGCAGCAAGCUCCUGAUGAAGUCCAUCCACGCAGGGUUAAACACCAUUGCUGCCAUUCUUGCAAUUAUUUCUCUUGUGGCUGCUUUUGAUUUCCACAAUGCUUCCCAUAUCCCCAAUAUGUACAGUCUACAUAGCUGGGUUGGAAUGAUAGCUGUCAUACUCUAUAUCUCACAGGAAAUUGGUAAAAACAAACAACUCUUGAUAGGUUUUUUCGUCUUUCUGCUUCCUUUGGCUCCACCUUCUCUCCGAGCACUUCUCAUGCCCAUACACGUUUAUUCUGGACUUUUCAUCUUUGGAACAGUGAUUGCAACAGUCCUUAUGGGAGUGACUGAGAAACUGUUAUUUGUCCUGAAAAAGCCUGCCUACAGUACAUUUCCACCAGAAGGUAUUUUCACAAAUACCCUCGGUCUUCUAAUUCUGUUGUUUGGAGCCCUCAUUUUUUGGAUAGUCACCAGACCACAAUGGAAACGUCCUAAAGAACCAAAUUCUACCCUUCUUCAGCCAAACAGAGGCACUCCAGAGGGCGUGGAAGGCUCCAUGGCAACCAACUUUGGCAACAUGGACAAAUCAGAUUCUGAGUUAAACAAUGAAGCAGCAGCAAGGAAAAGAAACAUCACCCUUGAUGAGGCUGGUCAGAGAUCCACCGUGUAAAAUGCUGUAGAGGUGUAGCCGUGUAACUUUGCUUUUAAAAACUAACUCAAUGGUUUAGCUUCUCCUAUUUAGCCAUACGAUAAUUGAGCGCCACAGAGUCAAUAAUCAUAAAGUAGGGUUUCUUGAAAGUGUUUGUACUAAUUGAGGCCUAUGAACUGACCUGAAUGAGGAAGGAGAUAGUCAAUGUAUUGACAGCAGCUAUAAAUUGUGGUCAUGUUACCUCUUGUUAAGGACUAUUUUGCAUAGCUCUUUGCAUAGAACAGAUGCUCAAAAUGUGUCUGUUGGUUGGUAAAUUUGAUAACCUGGUAGCCCUGGAAGUUUUUCCAAACUCAACUUAGUCCCAAGGCUUCCCUGGGGUUUGGUGUACUUUAUGAUCCAGAUUCCAAACCUAAUUAGAAGGAAAACAUUCCUGAAUUUUUAAGUGGCAUAAACUACUCUGUAAACCUCAAAGUGCUUUUUUUCUCAAGUUUCUGUUUUUAUUUUUUUAAAAGCACUUGCGUGGCACUUACUAUGUGCCAGCCACUAUACUAAGCACUUUAUAAUUAUUAGCUCAUUAAAUCCCCAGACAAACCUUAUGAGGUAGGUACUAUUAUUAUCUCUGUUUUACAAAUGACAGAUCUGAAGCUUGGAGAGGUUAGUAACUUGCUCCAAGUGUAUAAGUGGUGGAACUGAGAUUUAAAACCUGGCAUCUGGCUCCUCAGUCCAUGAUGAUAACCACUUCACUAUGCAAUUUUUUUUUCUGUUUUAUACUAAUUUGCACCUACUUUGACCCACCCCUGAAUAAAUUUCAAUUCCUGGAGUACAGUGGAGUUGUUAAAGUUUACAUUAUGGCUCCUCUCUUUUCCAAGGCAGAUUCCUCAAAUAACCAAAGAAAAGGGCCUACCCCAGCCUGGAAAUAGAUGAUGGGCACCCUUCCACUGCCAACAAGCCGUGGCCUACCUUGGUGCCUCUUUGACCUUGAAAUUGUGUCUUGGUGACAAAGAAAGGUUUGGGCAAGAACAUCUGUAGCUUUCAAGAUUAAUCAAUUAUGAUUCUUAUUCUUCAGGACCUUGGCUGCUGAACAGUUUUGGGUUUGAGGAAAGGGGAGACUUAUCUCAUGGUUUGUCUUACCAGGGGGGGAACAGCUAGGGUUAUAUCAGAUUUGAGUGGAAUUUUAGGGGAUAUCUUGAGCUUUGGAUUGUCGAUAGUGAAAUGAGACUCAGAGGUGACUUUAUGCUUGGAAACCUCUGUUAGCGCUGACUUAAAUUAAAACCUAGAGUAGUGCCUAUGCUGAAAUGAUGCUUUUAAUCUUGGGGUUGAUUUUUGGUUUCCCUGCAAUUUUAAAGUGGAGCAUUUUAAUGUGGAUAAAAAUCUUAUGGUUUACAACAAAUACACUUGACAUUUGUGGUGCUUAGUGGAUUUCCUUUUAGGAUAACUGGUAAUUACUUCCAUAGAUUGAAUAUGAAACAACUUCAUCACAUUCCUUAAGCUUCAUGGACAAUCAUUCAAUAUUCCAUUGCCAAAAUACUGUUUUCUUCUUAUUUAAUUCUAUUUCCAAAAUUGUUAUAGUGUCAGAAGGACCACCAGUGCCAGGCUGACACCUAUUAGGCACAAUCAAAUUCAAGAUGGGUAGAGCAUGCUACAGUUUUGAUGCUUGGUAGAAGGAGUAAUUGCAUUGUCCCACACAAACAUACUUUGAUAAAUAGAUGUUUCAUUACAUGGAGGUGCACAAAAUUCCAAGGGUUUUUUGGGGGGCAGGGGUCAGUCACAGCCCCAAGAAUUGAAGCUGCCAUUCCAUUUUAUAUAGGCCAAGAAAGAGGUUAUUAGUGAAAAGUUAAUUAUGGAUUUGGUGUUAGAAUAUUCUGCUCCAUUGCAAAGUAAUUGAGCACCCCUCAUCUUUGUCCUUUAUUUUACCUUUUCUUGUGGGCUAAUGUGAGGGUAAUCUUACAGUUAUUAUAGGAACUUCUCUUCUUUAUCACUCAGCCUUUAUGAAAACAAUGCAUAGUAAAAUAUAUCCAGAAAAACCUUUCUGUUUGAGACUCUUCUUUUAAUGGGCUUUUAAUUCUAAUGAUAAUUGUACCUUUGUCUUUCAAAAGCUGAUAUUUCCUACCUAAAGCAUCUCUCCCAAAAAUAUCUCAUUAAAAAGCCCACAAAAAGAAUAGGAGAGAAGAAAGCCUUAGGUAUACAUUCCAAAACAGUGAUUGAAAUCUCCACAAAUAAUUAUAGCUUCUAUCACCUGCAGAGAUAGUCUGGCUUAGCUUACCCCGUAAUCUAAUUUCAGAAAGAAAUUUUGAAAAGCUUUAUUUUAAAAUUAACACUCAUCUAAAUCAACACUAAAGCCUUUCUCUCCAAGAGUUUAUUGAGAAACUAAAAUUAACAUACUCUGAUUUAAUGUUAUCAAAAGUGUGCGGCUUCCUGUACUCCUUGUGUCUAAUGGAACUCACCCUCCAAAGUACUUUCUUUUCUUCCCUUGUGUGGCUUAUUUCAGCCGUGAUGGUCAGAAACAGCAUCUCACACCUUACAAUCAUGUGACAAAGAAGGCAAUUGCACUUUUUAAGGGAUACUUAAAAAGUAUCCCUUAAAGGACAAAAUACCGAGGAUGUCUCAUUUUCUUUUCUUUUUUUUAAAGAUUUUAUUGGGGAAUUGGAGGAGGGGAACAGCACUGGGGAA